AACAGUGGAACUUCACAUCGCGACACGGAGCGGAGCGAAAGGGGCGAAGCAGCGAUGUAGGAACUUAAUCACAAUCCGUGAGGGCUUCGCUCAAACCUUUUAUCCUUCGUUUCAUUUACCUGCGGCGCAGUCUAAAGUGUCAUGCCCCACACCUUGCUACUACCUCCUCCUUUCUUUCAGUCUGCAGUGCAUUUCUGUGCGCAAAUGUCUACGCAUAUGCACGGCUCUGAAAGACAAAGAAAAAGAAAUCAGUUGUGGCUUACUGACAUCUGCAGCGUCUCGGCCCUGUGAUUAAAGCCUAAACUGAAAGGAAAGCAUAGUGAUAGAUUUCUACUCUCUAGGCGGCUUUUGUAGCUCCACAUUGCGCAAAGAAAAGGCGAUCACCAGGGGCGCACAGGUGGGUGCGCUCUCCAAAGGUGCCAACAGAUCUGUGUGCGCAGCUCCACCGCUCAAACAGUGUGACAAUUUGGACACAACUGGUCCAUAAAACACACUGUUCGCCUAAAACUAACCAUCGGCUUAGCUGCAAUCCAUCGUUCCGCUGUGUUUGAUCAGUAUAGGGAGGAUGGAUUUGUAUGCACUGUAGUCUUGGGAGGAGAGGAGGGACAUGGGCGGGGCUGAGGCGCCUCUCGUUUCCCCUCCAUGCUUAGCGGGGCAGCAGGGCUGGAGAGACCUCCGGGGAGCACAGUCGCCAGUCCAGCACGGAGACCCGCCUGGCCAAAAAAACGCGCCUCACACUUGCCAGGAUUGCCAAAUAUUCCUGAAAUAUAUACCUGCUAUUUAUGGCAUGUGGCUUGUAACUUUACUCCUGCUGUACUCUCUCCAAGAAGUACACAGUGAGGAUGUGGGCUCUACCAGGCUGUACUUUGUGAAUGCCUCCCUGCAGAGGGUAACCUACUCAAGCUCGGUGGGGGUGUCCCUGCCCUGUCCAGCAGGGGGCACCCCCAGUGCCAUACUGCGCUGGUACCUGGCCACCGGCGACGACAUCUACGACGUGCCCCACAUCCGGCAUGUGCACGCCAAUGGCACGCUGCAACUGUACCCCUUUUCGCCCUCUGCCUACAACAGCUACAUCCACGACAAUGACUACUUCUGCACCGCGGAAAACCAGGCCGGCAAGAUCCGCAGCCCCAACAUUCGCAUCAAAGCCGUUUUCAGGGAGCCCUACACCGUGCGGGUGGCGGACCAACGCUCAAUGCGGGGCAACGUAGCUGUGUUCAAGUGCCUCAUCCCCGCUGCUGUGCAGGAGUACGUCAGUGUUGUAUCCUGGGAGAGAGACACUGUUUCCAUUGUCCCAGGUAACAGGUUCUCGCUGACCUCCUUUGGGGCUCUUUACAUCUCCGAUGUUCAAAAAGAGGAUGCUCUCUCUACAUACCGGUGCAUCACCAAGCAUAAAUACAGUGGCGAGACACGACAAAGCAAUGGAGCCAGGCUCUCUGUAAUGGACCCCAACGAGUCUGCACCCACCAUCCUGGACAGUUUCCAAGCAGGGGAGGUCUAUGCAGGCCAUAGCAUUGAGCUCCCCUGCAUAGCGGGAGGAUACCCAAGCCCUACUGUGCGCUGGCUGAAAGAUGGUCGCCCACUACCCUCAGAUGCCCGCUGGACGCGGCGAUUGACAGGGCUGACCAUCAGUGACCUGAGGCAAGAAGACAGCGGCAGCUAUGCAUGCGAGGUCACCAACAGUUUUGGCUCAAAGGAGGUGUCUGGACAGCUUCACGUGAUAGAUCCACUACGAGUGACCUUGUCCCCUAAGAAUCUGAAAACGGGCAUCAGCAGCACACUGUUCUUCACCUGCACUGUGGAAGGCUCUCCAGAAUACACCAUCACCUGGUACAGGAACACAGAGCCAAUUGUCCCAGACGAGCACAUCUCCAUCCAAGGACAACACAAUGACACCCUGCAGAUCACUGCAGCACAGAAGCUUCACUCUGGGGCCUACCAGUGCUUUGCUUCCCGAAAGGGCCACACUGCUCAGGACUUCUCUAUUAUUCUGCUAGAGGAUGGUACUCCUCGUAUUGUGUCUUCCUUCAGCGAGCGGGUGGUAAACCCCGGCGAGCCUUUCUCCCUUAUGUGUGCGGCCAAAGGAGCCCCACCCCCUUCUAUCACGUGGACACUGGACGAUGAACCUGUGGUUAGAGAUUCAACCUACAAGACCAGCCAGUACACCCUGUCGGAUGGCCUGACUGUAUCGCACGUCAACGUCAGCAGUCCACUUAUUCCAGACGGAGGAGUGUAUCGUUGCGUCGCACGCAACUCGGCCGGUAGCGCCGAGUACCAAGCGCGCAUAAACGUAAGAGGUCCACCUCGAAUUAGACCCAUGCGAGACAUCACCGCAGUGGCGGGCAGAAAUACCUAUAUAACGUGUCGUGUGAUUGGGUACCCGUAUUACUCCAUUAAGUGGCUGAAGGACGGCAUGCAGCUGCCUGAUAAUCAUCGUCAAGUGGUGUUUGAGAACGGCACACUGAGGCUCACAGACGUGCAGAAGGGCGCAGACGAGGGGACCUACUUGUGUAGCGUUUUGAUCCAGCCCCAGGUGUCAAUCAACCAGACUGUCCACGUCACUGUCAAAGUGCCACCGCUCAUCCAGCCCUUCGAUAUCCCCUCUACCUCAGUGGGGAAGCUCAUGUACAUCGCCUGUGUGGUGUCAUCUGGGGACAUGCCCAUACGCAUCACCUGGCACAAAGACGGCCAGCUCAUCGUGCCAGGCUCUGCCUCUGGUGUUGCAAUAGAGACCAAAGAGUUCAUGAGCUCCCUGCAAAUUUCCAAUGUGACACUGAAGCACAAUGGAAACUACACCUGCAUCGCCAGCAAUGCUGCUGCAACUGUCAGCUGGGAAAGACAGUUGAUUGUUACUGUGCCGCCACGUUUUGUGGUGCAGCCCAACAAUCAAGACUGUAUCUAUGGAAAAGCUGGAGUACUUAACUGCUCCGUGGAAGGUUACCCCCCUCCAAAAGUCAUGUGGAAACAUGCCAAAGGCGUAGGAAACCCUCAGCAGUACCAUCCUGUCCCACUAACUGGCCGUAUCCAGAUCAUGUCAAACGGUUCUCUGCUGAUCCGACAUGUUCUUGAAGACGACCGGGGGUACUACCUCUGUCAGGCCUCCAACGGAGUGGGCUCAGACAUCAGUAAAAGCAUGAUCCUUACUGUCAAGAUCCCUGCCAUGAUCACCAGCCACCCAAACACUACCAUGGCAAGGAAGGGCCAGAUCAAGGAGCUGAACUGCACAGCACGGGGCGAGCAGCCCAUUAUUAUCCGCUGGGAGAGAGGGGACACAGUCAUUGACGCAGAGAGAAAUCCCCGUUACUCCAUCAGCAUCAACAAAAAGGGGGAUGAAGUCAUCUCCACCCUAAAGCUUAACCCAGCCGAGCGAGGAGAUUCUGUCUUCUUCUCCUGCCAUGCCAUCAACUCCUAUGGAGAGGGCAGAGGGCUCAUCCAACUCACUGUACAAGAGCCACCCGAUCCUCCCGAGCUCGAAGUACGGGAGGUGAAGGACAGAAGCAUGAACUUGCGCUGGAUCCAAAGGUUUGAUGGCAACAGCAUCAUCACCAGCUAUGACAUUGAGUACAAAAACAAGUCAGACACAUGGGAUCACAUGUACACAACCAGGAACAUCUCACCCACCAACAAUCAGGCCAACAUUGUAGAGCUGCACCCGGCAUGCGUUUAUAGUAUCCGCAUGUACUCCUACAACAAGAUUGGCCGCAGUCUUCCCAGCAAAGAGCUCACAAUCAGUACCGAAGAAGCACCACCUGACGGGCCUCCGAUGGAUGUAAUCCUGCAACCGAUGACAUCUCAGAGCAUACGAGUCACAUGGAGGGCUCCAAAAAAGGAGCUGCAAAACGGCGUGAUCCGCGGCUACCAGAUUGGAUACAGAGAGAACGGUCCAGGUAGCAAUGGCCAGUAUAGUAUUGUGGAGAUGAAAGCUACAGGGGACAGUGAAGUUUACACCUUAGACAACCUAAAGAAGUUUGCCCAGUAUGGGGUGGUGGUCCAAGCCUUCAACAGAGCUGGGACUGGCCCAUCCAGUACUGAGAUCAAUGCUACCACUCUGGAAGAUGUGCCCAGCGAGCCUCCGCAGAACGUGAGAGCAAUCUCUGUGACAUCAGAUGAGGCAGUGAUCACAUGGGCAGAGCCUCCACGGCUGACGCUGCAUGGUGUGCUGAAAGGCUACCGGGUUGUGUUUUGGUCCCUCUUCCCUGACGGAGGUGGGUGCUGUGGGGGCCAGGCCCAGUGGCCAAUGCAGAAAUGGGGAGAGAUGCAAAACAUCACCACCACACGUGAACAGGUGGAACUGCGAGGGCUCGAGAAGUUCACUAACUACAGUGUUCAGGUGCUGGCCUACACACAAGCUGGCGAUGGGGUCCGCAGCAAUGUCCUCUAUAUCCAAACCCGAGAGGAUCUUCCUGGUCCACCGGCUGGCAUCAAGGCAGUUCCCUCCUCCUCAACUAGUGUGGUUGUGUCCUGGUUGCCUCCUCUCAAACCAAAUGGCAUUAUCCGCAAGUACACCAUCUACUGCUCCAGUCCCGGAUCUGGACAGCCAGCUCCCAGUGAGUAUGAGGCCAACCCAGAGAUGCUCUUCUACCGUAUCACGCACCUUACCCGCGGUAAACAAUACCUCAUCUGGGCUGCAGCUGUGACAACUGCUGGAAGAGGCAACAUUAGCGCAAAGGUCACUGUAGAGCCUGCUGGGAAAGUCCCAGCUAAAAUCCUGUCCUUUGGGGGCACUGUGACCACUCCCUGGAUGAAGGAAGUACGUCUGCCCUGCAGCUCAGUGGGAGAGCCUACUCCCACAAUUAAAUGGACCAAAGACAGUGAGGACUCUGCCAUUCCUGUGACAGCUGACAGCCAACGGCAGAUCUUAUCCAAUGGUACACUGGUGCUACGCUUAGUCAAAGCAGAGGAUUCUGGGUACUACACCUGUACGGCCACUAAUACCCUAGGCUUUGACACCAUCAUAGUGAACCUUGUGGUACAAGUUCCUCCUGACCAGCCUCGUCUGACUGUCUCCACUACUUCCACCUCCUCCAUCACCCUGGCUUGGAUUCCUGGGGAUAAUGGAGGAAGCUCCAUCAGGGGAUUUGUGCUGCAGUAUUCUGUGGACAACACAGAGGAAUGGAGAGAUGUGUUCAUCAGCUCCAGCGAGCGUUCCUUCAGGUUGGACAAUCUCCGCUGUGGAACUUGGUACAAGGUCAAGUUGGCUGCCAAGAACAGUGUGGGCUCAGGACGCAUCAGUGAGAUCAUUGAGGCAAAGACGCAUGGAAGAGAACCGGUGUUCAACAAGGACCAGCCACUGCUAACGCACAUCAACUCCACUCAUGCAGGCCUCAACCUUCAAGGUUGGACCAGCGGGGGCUGCCCUAUCACUGACCUGAUGCUGGACUUUAGGCCCAAAGGUACUUGGGCCUGGCAGAGCCUCAAGGCCAAUUCCACAAAUCAGCUUUUCCUCAGCGAGCUGCGAGAGGCCACCUGGUACGAGCUCAAAAUGAAGGCCUGCAACAGUGCUGGGUGUGGCAACCAGACCUCCCAGUUUGCCACAACUGACUACGAUGGGAGUACAAUCCCUCCCAUUAAAUCAGCUCGUGGAGAGGGGGACGAUGUGAAGAAACUGUUCUCUAUCGGCUCUCCUGUCAUUCUGGUUACCCUUGGCGUUGCUUUGCUCUUCAUUAUACGAAAGAAACGCAAGGAGAAGAGGCUCAAACGACUUAGAGAUGCUAAGAGCCUUGCAGAGAUGCUUAUCAGCAAGAACAAUCGAAGCAUAGACACUCCAGUGAAGGGUCCUCCUCAAGGACCAAGGCUCCAUAUUGACAUCCCACGUGUCCAGCUCCUCAUUGAAGACAAGGAAGGCAUCAAACAGAUAGGAGAGGACAAGGCAGCAGUGCCGGUGACAGACACAGAGUUCAGCCAGUCAGUGAAUCCACAGAACUUCUGUACAGGCGUUUCUCUGCAUCACCAAGCCCUUAUCCAGAAUUCAGGCCCUUUGAUUGACAUGUCAGACAUUCGGCCUGGCACAAACCCAGUGUCACGAAAGAGCAUAAAAUCAGCCCACAGCUCUAGAAACAGAUACUCCAGCCAGUGGACGCUUAGCCGCCCAAGUCAAAGUCAGUCAACAGCCUCUGCACGAACUCUGACGUCUGACUGGCGGACGAUGGGCUCUCAUGGCAUCACAGCCACCGAGAGUGACAGCUACAGUGCCAGCCUCUCACAGGACACAGAUAAGGGAAGGAACAGCAUGGUGUCCACAGAGAGCGCGUCCUCCACCUACGAGGAGCUGGCUAGGGCGUAUGAGCACGCCAAGCUGGAGGAGCAUCUACAACACGCAAAGUUUACAAUCACAGAAUGUUUUAUCUCUGAUAGCUCGUCUGAUCAAAUGACGACAGGUACCAAUGACCCAGCAGACAGCAUGACCUCCCUCAGUACACCCUCUGAACCAGGCAUCUGCCGCUUCACUGCCUCACCACCCAAACCGCAGGACUACGACCGCGGUAAAAAUGUGGCUGUGCCCAUUCCCCACCGUGCUAACAAAAGUGAAUUCUGUAACCUACCCCUUUACAUGAAGACAGACCCAUUUUUCCGCAAGCAAGGGGAGCUGCAUGACCCAUGCCCAGCAGUGCCACCGCGAGAAGCGUCGAUCCGCAGCUUGACGCAGCGGGCGUAUCACACCCAGGGCCGUCACAAGACUCUAGACCCUGCGAAGCAGCAGGCCCAGACACUGGGCCACUCUGGGCUGGGCAGCUUGGGUACGAGCUCUGGCACUGCCACCUUGCCUCAAAGGACUCUCACCAUGCCCAGCUCCAAUAAUGCAGCAACAGCUUCCACUUCCAGCACGAGCAGCAACCCCACCAACAGUAACAAGGUGGGGGGCUCCAGAGACUCGCUCCUAGAGAGCAGCUCCUCUGCACUGGGGAGGUUGCAGAAACAGAGUGUGGGGGCCUACUCCAAGUCAUACACGCUGGUGUAGUCCAUUCUUCUGCACAGACUGCUGUCCCACUCCUCAGCCAGCCCCACUCUGGCGCUCUGCGAUCUGGGUCUGAAUGGGCAUGCAACCAUUUUUUCUUCAAACCCAAUUAAUGGUGAACUGCCCAGCAUCCUGUCUGAUUUACCUUGGGAAAGAUGUUCUCCCAGACAGAGACCCAGCUAACCCUACUUUUCAUGUUCAUGUGGGACUCUUAUAAAAGAACUACUAACUCCAACUAACAGUUCCAGCCGGCUGGUGCUCAGCUCCACUCAGCUCCCGCAGGAGCUGCACAGCGAAAAACCAGGAAGCGAUUCUGUGGUCAUUUUGAAAUACUGACUGUAACCGAGGAGCUAAAACCUCUGUGUUUAUGAAUAUGAAGACUACCAUAGCCAGUAUGAAGCUGUGUGGCCAUCCUGUCUCAUACACACACACACACACACACACACACACACACACACACACACACACACACACAUACACACACACACACACACACACACACUGUCCUCCAUAGUUUGAGUAUUAUUGUCAAUUUGCAAGCCUUCCGAUUAAGUUCCCUCUUCUUACUGUAUCUUUCACCCUCUUUGUGUCUCUUAAAGCCCCAUAAUGCUAUUGGCAGAUUCUAUAAUGUUGAUUCCCAAAAGUAAUGAUUCAGGUUCCCUUCCAAGAAGAUUUUAGUCACAUUAGCAUCCUCCACACAUCACUCUGCAGCUGAACAUUGUCUAACUUAAACAAAUCAUGACAACCCAAAUGAACCAGCUAUAAUUUCUCACAUUACAAAUACAGAAUAUUUGGUAUUAUAAAGAAUUUACAUAUAUAUUUCUAUGUAGGUAUAUUAUUGACAUUUAAGUGAAAUUAUGACAAAGUAUAAAUUUUACAUACUACAAUAGUGUAGUAUUAUAUACAGCAAUUUAAUGUUAAUGUCAAAUUUUAAGAACGAGACAAUCGCUCAAUCAUGAAAUUUUAAAAAGAGGAAUUAAAAAAAAAUGAAGGUUCGACUAAAGAGAGAAAAUGUUUAGUAUAUAUACAGGAUGUUUUGUAUGUUACUGUAUGUAGGGUGACUAGAAGAAGGGUGUUUUGCUUACGUUUGGACAGAGAGGGAUGCUUUCCUAUCCGCACGGUGUCAUGGGAGAAGCGAGACAGUGCAGCAGAACACGACAUCCUUGGAUCGCAAUGCCUCCUUGGUUGUUUGGUGAAAACAAUCAUGACACAAGGCCUUCCAGGAUUUCUGUAAUAAUAUAAGUCUACCCAUGAAGAUAUAGGCUCCUUGACUUUUUAUUAAGCGUGUCAGUAGCCUGAGUGGCUGGUAAAUACAAUAACAUUCAGAAACCAAAUCAGUGUCUCAGAGGAUCCCCGAGUAAGUUUUAUGCUGGGAGAAGGUUUGCUGCAAAGUGGUCACAGACUUUUAGUUAUUAUAGAGUAUUAAGGCUUCUAUUUGUGGCACGGGCGGCAGAGAUUGACAGUCACGGAUAGAGCAUCCUGCCAACUUCUCCGUCAGCCGUGCCACACAGCUAGGCUUUGCUCUUCGUAGAUUAAAAAGACAGCUAGCUGAAGGAGUCCCAGUCAUGAUGUGAAUGAAGUAAGAUAAUUUAAUGUCGAGAGAUGUUAUAUGUCAGGGAGUUCAGUUUUGAAAAUUAUAUGAUCGAUAUCAUUGUUGUUGUCCAGUUUUAAGUACUGUAAACGCCACACUUUCUUCACCUCGAUGCCCCUCCAUUUUUUUGCGCUAACGUGCAUUCACACAAGAAAAUGAUGGAUCGAUUGUUUUAAGCAUUUACAAAGCAGCGGUUUUGUGGUUUUAUAUUUAUUCACCCAUUUGCUUUGUUUGCUUGUUUGUUUGUUUAGGGGGAGGGGAAUCUGUUCUUCGGUUGAUUUUCACGUUUUGAUUUUCCGUUCAACUUGUUUGGUCUAAAUUUUUUGGUACCAGAGGCCAAACGGUACAAAGCUAUGUGGCCUGUGGCUAAAACUAGUUCAGCCAAGUGAAAAUCAGGGACUCAUAGCUCUUUUGGUCACACAAACUACUGUUGUAUUGUGUAUAUACUGGACAGGAGUCUGUCUGUAAACCUGAAUCGUUCAGGCUCCUGUCAUUUAAACCCCAUUCAGAUAAAUUUAAGUAAAAAAAAAUUCAACACCCUAUUCAUACAAGAUCCAUCAUCUCUACCUUUGUCAGUGUUGUUUAUAGAUUAAGUCUUGUACAUAUACACAGUUUUGUAUGAAGAGCUAUUUUUUCGUCAGAAUAAAUCAGGGGACACAUCAGGGUUGAAUGCCCCAGUUUCAAAAUUGAAAUAGUAUUAAGAAAAAAGUAUUUUACUUCUGAAAUGGGCAAAAAAACCAACAUUUUUUCUUUCCCUUUACGUUUUUUGAUACUAAUUUGUUGAAUUUUUAUUCUUUUUUUAAAGUCUUUUGAUGUUGUCAUUUGUCCUUUUUCCUUUUUUUUUAAUUAGCAUUAUUUUAUAUUUUGUUCAUCCUCAAAUUAAGUCAUUGCAUGCUUGCUAAAAGGGAAAAAUUGAAGGGAAAAAGUGUAUGAAAAUCCAAACUUAAAAAAAAAAAUGUUGAGGGUAUCCCAAACAUUUGUUUGAGUUGCUUGUUACAGCAAUUGCUUGUGUUCAAAGGUACAUUUUCUAUGAAAAGAAAGCAAAAACUAAAAAGAUCAUUUAACACCUUGUGCAAUAAAGCUAUCUUUCAUAUGU